CGCGAGUGAUCUUCUCUCUGUCUGCCGCGUGACUCUCUCGAAACAUGACCGAUUCGUCAAUACGGUAUUCACUCGCGGAUGUCGCCAAGUGCAACGGCAAGAAUGGAGCGAGAACCUGGAUCGUAAUCUAUGAUUGCGUUUACGAUGUGACGGAUUAUAUGCAUCAGCAUCCCGGUGGUGCGGAUUUGCUUGAGGAGUACGCUGGGAGAGAUGCAACGAGGGGAUUCGACGAUUUCGGUCACUCCACAGACGCGAAGAAAAUAAUGAAAGAAUAUCUAAUUGGCGAACUUGAGGAUGAAGACAAACGGGCCAACCGGAAGAAGAAACAAAUUUCUAAUGGAGUGAAAGCGGAAAAGUCGGACAGGUGGAGGCGAAGAGGCUUCUUGGCGGUUCUCUGCGGCAAUUGUACAUCUUGAAGGACCUUCAUCGACGAUCGUCGCGAUUGUUUUUAGACUAGUUAUAAAUAUAAUUUUAUUUAUUGCGUCACGUUUAUCACUUCGUACAUUCGUUGUAUUUAUAUAACGCACCGCAUGUGAUGACGUAUACGCGGUACCGAUAAGAAUUGUCGAAAUUGAAAGUAAGUGCUCGCUUAUCACUAAUGUAAGUGUGUGAUACGCACGGGAAUCCUCAGCGCAAACGAGGAAAGCUUGUUACGCCCGCGUCUGAGUCAUGUCUCAUCUGCUUAUCACACUUUUAAAUACUGACGAAAGAGACGAGUGAUCCUCACGUUUCAAUGAAACUUCCAUUUCGCAAGCGAGGUUCUGUGAAUGUCAGCAGUUCCAGUUUUUCCUUUAACCUUCUGAAUACUAUGUACGUAUGCACACACACGUUCGGCAAACGUUAUCGGUGUGUGGACUGUUGACGCAUAUAUAAGUUCGACGAAUUCUUUCGGUUUAUAUUUUCAAUAGAAAUAAUAAUUGCAUCGACUGUCGCGAUAAGCACUUGUAUUCACGCUCUUUUACAUAUUUUAGAUAUACAAUGACCGAGAUAAAAUUUCGUUUAUCUCGGUCGUUUGAUUUUAAUUUUUCAAGAAGUUCCCGGGAAAGAUGUGUGUGUGUGUAUGUGACUCUGUAUAAUCAUACAAACUGUAUAUGAUUAUAUAUAAAUUACAUAUUAUAUUAUAGAUUCCUAUGUGACAUACUCAUAUGU